GAGAAAUUAAGAACAAAAAUUAAGAAAAUAAGGAUAAGAUUUUUGUGGUUAUAUGUCUGGUUAACUGAGUUGUGCCGAGUCACGUGUGUGCUGCGGAGUAUUCAACUUCCCGAGCUCCUUCAAAACAUUCCUUCGUCAAUGAGCUGGACAAGCUGGUUGGGGAAACUUCGGUUUGGGUUCGGCAACAGCGCGGGGAUCUCAUCAAUGGCCGCUUCGUCGUCGGAGAUAGCUUACGAGCCGGACAACGACGUGCCGGCUGCGGGGCAGCAGUUGGCGCAGUUCGGUGCAGGGUGCUUCUGGGGCGUCGAGCUAGCUUUCCAGAGGGUUCCCGGCGUGACGAAGACAGAGGUCGGAUACAGCCAGGGAAAAUUUCAUAAUCCGACUUACAAGGACGUUUGCACGGGAAAGACUGGCCACUCGGAGAUCGUACGCUUGGAGUACGAUCCCAACCAGUGCCGCUAUGAGGAUCUGCUUGAUGUCUUUUGGGCUCGGCAUGACCCUACUACGCUCAAUCGCCAG